CUGCGGUUUACUAAGUUACGAAAGUGGCCCGGGGUUCAGAAAUCCGGACAAAACAUGAUUUCGCAUGUUCGUAAUUCUCUGUAAACGAAACAAAAGAUGGAAGGACAAGGGGAGGGCGCUUCUAGCAGCAGUUUGCUUGGAGUGCUGGAUUCACCGGCGUAUUUAUACCUGCUGACGAUAUUUGCAUGUUAUCCUCUGACGUAUAUUUCUCGGACCUAUUUGCACGGGCAGUCCCCGUCAGUCAAGCAUGCCUACUUCAUCUUCUGGGGCCUACUUCUCAUGUUCGCCAACUUCGGAUACGAUGUCAUCCAUUCAGCAAUCUCCAUAUUGGUCAACUAUGCCCUGCUGGUCACGAUGGGCGGUACCCAGCUGAUGGUCGCUUUGUCAUUCAUAUUCAACAUGGGCUAUCUUUUGACCGCCUACGCCCUGUUUUCCACCGACGGCUACGAUCUGAUCUGGACCACGCCUCACUGCAUCCUGAUCUUCAAAAUGAUCGGGACGGCCUUUGACCUUUACGACGGCAAGAGGAAGGAGGAGAAACUGAGUCAAGAACAGAAGGAGUUGCGUCUGAAAAGCCCGCCCUCAUUCCUGGAGUUCAGUAGCUACGCAUACUUCCUUGGCGGCUGUUUCUCCCCGCCCGUAUUCCCCCUCCGGACCUACCUGGAUUUCACGGCGGGCAAAUUAACGGACAACGACCAGGGGCUGCCGCCCAAUAGCAUCAAGCCGGCAUUCCAGAAACUCGGCGUGAGCUGCGUGUUCAUUGUGCUGUACACGUCAUUGUCUCCUAUCUUUUCCAAUGCCUACAUCAUGUCUUCCGAAUUCGCAAGUUUGUCUUUCCCGUUCCAAGUGUUGGUGGUGAUGGGAUGGGGCAAAUGUGUCCUCUUCAAGUACUCUGUCAUCUUUCUGUUGGCGGAGGGUGUUUGCAUCAUGAGCGGGUUGGCCUACAAUGGACGAGACGAGAAUGGCAAUGCAUUGUGGGACGGCUGCGUUAACUUCAGGCCUCUGGUGUUUGAGCUGGCGACGAAUGGCAGGGAUCUUGUCCAGUCACAUAACAUCACUAUUAACACUUGGCUCUCAAGGUACAUCUACAAGAGACUCAAGUUCCUGAACAAUCGUCUCGUCUCCCAGUCAGCCUCGCUGUUCUUCCUGGCAGUCUGGCACGGUCUGUACAUCGGCUACUACAUGGGUUUCGCCCAGGAGUUCCUUGUUUUCUUCAUUGAAGCUAAGGUAGUUGAUAUCAACAAACGCUACCCACCCUUGGCCCGGAUUGCCGAGAUACCCCCGGUCAAGAUCUGCCUGCUCGUAGUCUUCAAGGUGUGGAAUGUCUUCACCUUCAGCUACGCACUGAUUCCCUUUGUGCUGCUGCGAUGGAGGAGAACACGCAUAGUGUAUUCAGCCAUGCACUACGCCCCCCUCUGGUUUUACGUCGUGUUUAUACUCGUCUUCCAGUUUGCCAUCGAUCCAGCACUCAAGAAAAUGGAAAGAAGCAAGAGAGAGGCAGCAUCUAUGAGUCAAGAGUCCGAGACUGCCAAGACAAAGUAGAAGCCCUAGGGCAAGUUCGAGCAAGGUCCAGUGGUGAACUAGUGGUUAGUUCGUGACGUACCUAACGCAUGCGCACUGAAGUUGAAGUGCCAACGACUCUAGUCGAACAAUUGUCAUGUCAACGACCGUCAGAAAAUGGCGGUCGCGGUCGCACAAUUAUUCAACCCUUGUUUCCUCUUUAUUUACACAAUAAUAGUGAUUGUGUAUUGUUUCGGACAUCUUACAUAAUCACCAGUAUUAUGACAAAAGUGACAUAAUCGUAAACUAACAUGGAAAAAGUGUGCCAUGAAAAUGAAAUUUAAUGCUUACAGUUUCGUUUUCCGCCAUUUUUGAUGAUAGUUGGUCGCCUCUGCACAAUGCUAUGGAAAUUGCUAUUGAUAACCAGCUAUAAAUCGUUGCGCGACCAGCCACGGUAGGCUGGUUCCAAUAGUCGACUAGCGUAGUCAACCAUCGUCGACUAGACAGUUCGGGCAAACAUUAGUCGAACUAUGGCUAACCAUUGGUCAACAAUAGUUCUUGCGCGAACUUGCCCCUGUCUGCCAAUCUUUGGAGAGUUCUAGUUUAGCUGAAUAGAGGCGAUUCACAAUACCGCUAAACUGUCGCUAGAGGGCUCAAACCCAGAGAAAAUCGCUCUGCAUUGUGGGGAAAAGUUGACAAUGUGUGACUCGGAACGUAAGAUGUCGCCGAAGACUCGGUUACAUAGCGAUUCGUUACAUGGCAAAAUUGAGCAUCAGUUUACAGUUAUUUUUGGCCAUGGUUUUCGCACGUGAAGCAGCAGAAUGCUCUUCACAUACCUCAAAAGUGAUGUUUCCUGAGAAGUUUCCAUGGGGCUGUCGCGUAGUUACAGAUGACGACCCACAAGCCAAAAAUAGACCUUUUUGGGAAUAAACGUUGGUGGCAGCACGUCUUGUGAUUCGCUCCUAUUUCGUGUCGAAAAGCCGACCUUAGUCGCUGGUAGAAUAUAUUGAAUUAUCUCUGCCCAACAAACUUGCUGUGGUGACUGCACUUGUAAAUUGAUUAAUACUAUACCUCAUCCAUAUUCAUUCUUACUGGUCCAUUCACCAUCACGUGACAGCCAAUAGUUUUGCUAUUCACCAAGUACGCAUCCGUACCUCGAUAAUAUCAUACCAUGUUUAUGUGUAUGCUAUUCAUAAAUACCUGAGACAGCCUACCAUUCCUUUUGGUCAAGAGCCCAUCACGUGGGUGGUUUUAAACCGCUGAUAAUGAGUAUGCGUUGCACGCCAGCUAAUUUCCAUAUAAAAUUUUUAGGGCUACGCGCGCGCAGUACAUACCAUAUAGACACAGCCAGAGGGCUGUUUCACAAAACAGAAAGUAAACUUGUUGAAAAAAAAUCGUUGGAAUUUUGUCAAUUUUUGAUUUUUUGACUGAACAGGUAUUUAUGAAUAAGAAUAAAUAUGUGCUUGGCCAUUUUUAAAAAGUACAAAGUACGAGCCUAAGGCGAGCGUCAUUAUCUGUGACCAGGCCCCUAGCUGGUUUUAAAGGAACGUGUUUAGAACUGGCCAAACACAUGUUCAUUCCCUUAAAACAUAUCGUGAGAAAUUUUGUUGUCUGAUCAUAUUUUCUUUUUAGAUUUUGUCACCCGUACUGGUUUUCUACGUUACAUCAUUGUUUUUAUUACAUGUACUGUCAAAAAGAGUUUGUUUUAAAAUGCCAGCUGUCAAAUAUUGAAGUAGUUAUAUGUACGAAAAGUUUAAUACGCUAAUUUUUUUUUUAGAAAAUUUCUAUAACGACACUUGGAACAUGAGAACUUGGGUGCUCUGUAAUAAAAAAAGGUGCUUCUAUGUGUCGAAUAAUUGCAAUUCAUUGCUAUAAAGUACUGUUCUUCUAAGGUAUGGGUCAAAGUUUAAAAAAAGAAACAUUCCUCUGAGAUUAUAUGAAACUAGAGAAAUGGUCUGUGUUUGUAAAUUAUGAUAAUAUCGAAAUAAGAUACAAAAGUUAUAUACUAAUAUUGCAAAAAGCUUGCUGUGAACACCAUGUAAAUUUGUAGAAUUCAUAAAAAUAUGGAUUUGGCGUUAUUGUAUGUUUUGUCGGGAAGUGUUUUUAAAAUGAUUAAUUAUAUUGGUUCUAUAAAUUGGUUCUCAGGUUUUAUAUGAGGUGUAUAUUGUGGCUGAUUAGAUCGUUAAAUGAGCUGAUAGUUGUAGAACAGGAAGUCCCUGUGUUGUACAGGGUGAGUAAAAAAAAAGCGAACCCCAAAUGUCGGGACUACU